UAUAAAAACGGAGGCACUGGGGGGGUUUUGAGCGCAGAGCGGUUUGGUCGUUCGUCGGUGGAAGUUGUUUUUGUUUCUUGGCCACUGCGGCGUUUCGCUGAGCGGUAGAAGCGGUGUGGUGGUCGUGGGAGCGGUCUGAGACUUCGGCAUUGGGUGGUAGAAGAUGGCCCGAACCAAGCAGACUGCUCGGAAGUCCACGGGUGGGAAAGCGCCCCGCAAACAGCUGGCCACUAAAGCUGCUCGGAAAAGCGCUCCCUCUACCGGCGGGGUGAAGAAGCCGCAUCGCUACAGGCCCGGCACCGUUGCGCUUCGAGAGAUCCGUCGUUACCAGAAGUCGACCGAGCUGCUCAUCCGGAAGCUGCCUUUCCAGAGGUUGGUGCGGGAGAUCGCCCAGGACUUCAAGACUGACUUGAGGUUUCAGAGCGCGGCCAUUGGUGCGCUCCAGGAGGCUAGUGAAGCGUACCUCGUGGGUUUGUUUGAAGAUACUAAUCUGUGUGCCAUCCACGCUAAGAGAGUCACCAUCAUGCCCAAAGACAUCCAGUUGGCUCGCCGGAUACGGGGAGAGAGAGCUUAAGUGAAGGCAGUUUUUACAGUGUUUUGUAGUAAAUUCUGUAAAAUACUUUGGUUUAAUUUGUGACUUUUUUUGUAAGAAAUUGUUUAUAAUAUGUUGCAUUUGUACUUAAGUCAUUCCAUCUUUCACUCAGGAUGAAUGCGAAAAGUGACUGUUCACAGACCUCAGUGAUGUGGGCACUGUUGCUCAGGAGUGACAAGUUGCUAAUAUGCAGAAGGGAUGGGUGAUAUUUCUUGCUUCUCAUGAUGCAUGUUCUGUAUGUUAAUGACUUGUUGGGUAGCUAUUAAGGUACUAGAAUUGAUAAAUGUGUACAGGGUCCUUUUGCAAUAAAACUGGUUAUGACUUGAUCCAAGCGUUUAACAAUUGGGGCUGUUAAGUCUGACCAUACAUCACUGUGAUAGAAUGCGGGCUUUUUCAAGGGGGAAGAUACGAGUCUUAACCACAGUGUAACUUACAGUUUCCUAAAAAAAGAAGUAAACCUGGCAGCUAUAGAAUACACUAUGUGCAUUUAUAAUAGCUAUUUUAUAUAUUGUAGUGUCAACAUUUUUAAAUUAAAUGUUUUACAUUCACAUGUGGUGGGGAGUCUUGUCAUUAAGGUGUGUGUAAUUUAGAGUCCAGUUGGUUUUCUCCUAACUAGACUGCACUUGUUUUCAUAGUAGUAAAAUGCUUUGCGCAUUGUACCUUGCAUAAGUCCUCAUUCUACCACGUUAGCUAACCCUCUAGCCGAUAAUGCAGACACUAACGGGGGAUUUUAUUUAUAAGGGCUCUAGAAUAUAAUACAAGUUAUUUACACCAGCAUCAUCUGUUACUAAUAUUCUGGAUUAGUUAGUACAGCUUUUCUUUGUGUUGUGGUUGGUCUCAUAACUAGGUUGAGGUUUUCUCUACCGAGAGGAGACGAUACCUAAGUUCUUUUCCUUGUGGAGUUUGUAUUAUAGUAACCCUUGGAGUGAACUUGCUGUGGGGGAGGGGCAGACAGAUCCAGGUUACUGAAACUGCCAGUUGAGAUGGGGUGGAGUUAGGUUACAUCUGGUAUGCAGUCCUGGGAGAACCACAUUAUAGAGAUGGCCUUCUAAGUGGUUUUAAAAUUUAUCUUAUUGAAGUUUUUAGGUUAAUUAUGUAUGUUGACUAAAUGUACAAAUAAACUUGUUUAUCCAAAUAA